AUGUUCAACAUCCGAUUCUUUCAAGAUGCGGUGAAUGGGGUUUCCUCGUUCCUUAAUGGCAUUGUUACGAACGAAUCACCCGAUGUACAACGGUUGGACCGAUACAAAAAGCUAUAUGAAGAUGUGACUCAGAUCAUCGCCGAGAUGCAGGAAAAGGGUGAAGAAGAAAGAGAGGACUGGAUUGGGCGAACCAACAUUUCCCAGGAUUUAAAUCAAAUGAUCGAUAUUCUCGUCGAGGAAGAGAAGGAUUUAAAGAAGUCUUCGCGCGAUAGUUACGACAAUUCGGAGCAACGUGGACUUUGCCUCGAUUACCUUCUCAAGCAGCAUUUGGUGGAUACGUUCUGUGGAAUCGCCAUCGCAGAUAACCCGAAGGGGUGCAUGGAACUGUUUACGACUCACAUAACAAGACUUCUGAAGGAGGUGAAGUAUCCCCUCUCUACAACGGAGGCGAUUCAAAUCACAAUCUCUGCGUUGAUGCAGAAACUGGUUCAAAUUGGUUUGCGAAAAGAUUUGCGAAGAUCCCGUUUUGAUCAACGCCUUUUUCAUCAAGAGUAA